CGGCGCUUUAUAGAUAAACAAGCGUAUUGGCAUGCACUUAUCCUCCACAAAUGAAGAGCUUCUAGAGCAAUUAUUGUAAGAAGUGGUGGUGCUUGGCUUCCGUUCAUACUUUUCAAUUUCAGCCGCCCGCUAUGCAGCAGGCGCUGCGGGCGCUACACGCAAGUUUUUACCGUUUUAUCGACCUCGCGGACAAUUCACGAUGCUCUGCGCUGGCGGCUGGAGUUUUCGAGGCAUCUCUGGCGCUGGCGGCGGAGCGCAACGCUCCGCCCCCUCGGCCCUUAGCUACCGGCCGGUCAUCUUGCGCGCGCCAGUCUUUCACAACCAACCCUCCCACCUGUACCGUACCCUUGGCGCUCCCCAACUGACCGUCGUCAAUGUCGCACGCCACAACGAUUGGCCAGCUGCGUCCGCUGGCCCUCGGAGCUUCGAACAGCUAGGGCUUCAGACGCCGUUGGUAUCCGCUCUCUAUGGUAUGGGCAUCACAGAGCCAACUGACAUUCAGUCAAUCUCGAUACCCGCACUGAUGAAUCAGCCCGGCAACUACUUCCUCGCCUCCCACACCGGUAGCGGCAAAACUCUGGCAUAUUUGCUACCGUUGGUCCAGGCUCUGAAGCAGGAGGAGGCCUCCGGGUUCGUGCCCCGUCCUAAGCGCCCCCGGGUGCUGGUGCUGGGCCCCACCCGGGAGCUGACGGAUCAAAUCACGGGGGUGGCCAAGAAGCUGUGCCACACCGUCAAGUUCCGGGCGACAUGCGCGAAUGCGGACACGAGUAUUUCCCAGCAGGCUCGCGCCAUGUCCGGCCCGAUUGAUGUGCUGGUGGCAACCCCCACUCGCUUCCUGCACCACAUCAAGGAGGGCAAUGUGGCGUAUCGGGACAUUCGCUGGCUGGUAGUUGACGAGGCCGACACAGUGUUCGGGCAGGGCUGGGGUGAGGAGGUGGCCGCCAUCCUGGCCCCCCUGCGCUCCAAACCCGACCCCGCCCACGUGCUGCUGAGAGCCAUCAGAGAGCUGGUGCCGGACGCCAAGGAGCUCAAGACCUCCACCCUCCACCGCGCAGUCAGUGGCAGCUCCCACCAGUUCAUGACUCUGCCGCCCGGUGGCAACAAACUGCAACUGCUGGCAGAGAUCCUGGGUGCUGACAACCGCCGCGCCCAGAAGGUCCUUGUGUUCUGCAACACGGUUGACAGCUGCCGGGCGGUGGAGCACUUUGCCCGGGAGGAGGGACUGCCUUGUGUGUGCUACCACGGGGAAAUGCCGUCCGAGGAGAGGCAGGAGUCCAUGGCUACCUUUGCCGCGGCGGUUGCCGGCGGUGGCGCCCGUCUGCCCAUCAUGAUUGCCACCGACCUGGCCGCCCGGGGACUGGACUUCCCAGGCACUGUGGACCAUGUGGUCAACUUCGACUUCCCAACCACAUCGGUCGACUACCUGCACCGCACAGGCCGCACGGCCAGGGCGGGAAAUACAGGCGCGUGGCGCAUUGCCACCCGUCAGAAGGAGAAGGCCAACAUUAAAGUACGAGAGGCCGAGGCAGUGUUGGGAGCGAAGGGCAUGGCCAAGCUCCGCGCGGCGACAGCGGCACGGGCUGCCAAGCGGGCUGGCGGUUCCAAAGCGGAGACGGGGACAGGGCCGGGUGGCAAGCUGCGUCUGCGAGGCAGCAGCGCCAGCAAGGCAAGCGAAAAGGCCGCAGCGGCGAAGCCGGCACUGCGGGGCCCGGUCCGCGGUGCGGCGCGAUUCGCAUUGAUGGAGGAGCGGCUGCAGCGGCGCAAUGUGGAGCGGGGGAAGGGGCGACCGGGUGGCGGUGGUGGUGGCGGCUCCCGGGCAGCGCGGGGCUCCGGAGGGGGAAAGGGUGGCAAGGGAGGCCGAUGAUGAGCAGUUGGACAUGGGCAAGGAGGGGCCCGACCUAGUGCUGACUCGUUGCGGAAGGAUGUGCGCUUAGGUACGUUGAGGUGAGGUUGCGGUGGCGUGCGAGCCGCUAGAGCGGGGAUAACGAGUGGGGAAGUAGUGUAUUAGAGGAUGGAAUGUACACGCACAUGUUGAAGGGCGUCUGGGCCGGGUGUUAGUUUGGAAGCCGGAGGAGCGUCGCAGCCAUUAUUCGGUCCUUCCCAGAGAACACGUUAUCCCGAUUCAACGAACAAACCAGCAUAAACUGCAUCUUACGCACGUCACACAUUGCUCGUGGCACACAUGCGCGGCGUUGACACUGACGAGGCCGCGUCAAAAUCGCCUGUAUAUUGCCUCAUGUGAUUGGGCGUUUAUUAGAAGACACCGAACUCGCGGUGAUAUGUAGGUAACCCAUCCAGAGAAUUUGGCAAGACGGGGCCUGCCAACCAAGGCACUGGGUAAAGCGGCUACAAAUUUCCAUAGCUACAGUUGACAUGGCUCAAACCGUUCUGGAGUUUAACGCCUCUGAAUCCAACGGUAUUUUCAA